AUGAAUGCUUGUCAGUAAUUUCCGGCGCCAGGCGGAAGACGACGAGGUAGCUUCAUUGAGGUGAAGCUGCCAGCCUGUUUGCUUUUUGCUGCUGUUGGAAAGGAUACCUGAAGACGCGUUACAAUGGCGGAAGGUUCGGAGAGAGCGGAUGGCAGGAUCGUUAAAAUGGAGGUGGAUUAUAGCGCUACUGUGGAUCAGCGGUUGCCGGAAUAUGAGAAAAUGGCACGAGAAGGAAGACUUCAGGAAGCCAUUGAAAAUCUUUUGUCUUUAGAAAAACAGACCAGAACGGCUUCAGAUAUGAUUUCUACAUCUAGGAUUCUGGUUGCUAUAGUACAGAUGUGCUAUGAAGCAAAAGAGUGGGAUUCACUGAAUGAAAAUAUAAUGCUGUUAUCCAAGAGAAGAAGUCAACUGAAACAGGCUGUUGCAAAGAUGGUACAGGAGUGUUACAAGUACGUAGAAGAUAUCCCAGACCUGUCAGUUAAGCUGAAACUCAUUGAUACACUGCGCACCGUUACAGCUGGAAAGAUCUAUGUUGAAAUUGAACGAGCUCGGCUGACACGGAUCUUGGCUAAUAUUAAAGAACAAAGUGGUGAGGUGAAGGAAGCCGCUGCAAUCCUACAGGAAUUACAGGUGGAAACAUACGGUUCUAUGGAGAAGAAGGAAAAGACAGAGUUUAUCUUGGAGCAAAUGAGGUUGUGCAUUGCCGUAAAGGAUUAUAUCCGAACUCAGAUCAUUAGCAAGAAGAUUAAUACGAAGUUCUUCCAAGAGGAAGGAACUCAGGAACUGAAGUUAAAAUACUACAACCUAAUGAUUCAAGUGGAUCAACAUGAGGGGUCUUACCUUUCAAUUUGUAAGCACUACCGUGCUAUUUAUGACACUCCAUGCAUCCAGGAAGACAGUGCUAAAUGGCAACAGGCUUUGAAAAGUGUUGUUCUUUAUGUGAUCCUCUCACCAUAUGACAAUGAACAGUCUGAUCUGGUGCACAGAAUUAACAAGGACAAAAAACUAGAAGAAAUUCCCAAAUACAAGGAUCUUCUGAAGCAGUUUAUCACCAUGGAGCUAAUGCGUUGGACCACCUUGGUGGAGGAUUAUGGCAAGGAACUCAGGGAGGGCUCUCCAGACAGCCCUGCUACAGAUGUUUUUGCCUACACAGAAGAAGGAGAGAAGAGAUGGAAAAACUUAAAAAAUAGAGUUGUAGAACAUAAUAUUAGGAUAAUGGCCAAGUACUACACAAGAAUUACCAUGAAGCGUAUGGCAGCACUUUUGGACUUGUCAGUUGAUGAAUCUGAGGAAUUUUUGUCCUGUCUAGUGGUAAGCAAAACAAUCUAUGCAAAGGUUGACCGCUUGGCUGGAAUCAUCAAUUUCCAGAGGCCAAAGGACCCCAAUGACAUUCUCAAUGACUGGUCUCAUAAACUGAAUUCAUUAAUGGCAUUGGUCAACAAAACAACACAUCUGAUUGCCAAAGAAGAAAUGAUUCACAAUUUGCAAUGAGAAAAGUGAGAAUAUUUGCUCUCCACCGUGCUCUUGAAGCCUGGGAAUCCAUGGAUUAAAGUGAACUCUAGUCUUCAUAGCUGACAUUGUAACUCGGGUUCAGUAUGCUGCUGGACACGGACAGGAAAAAAUUAGUUGCUGUACUCAGCAACUCCUUAGCAUGACUUUGAAGAACGUCUACAGAAAUGUGGCCUGUCAGUGAUAAGCCAGUUUUCACAAAGAUUUUUAUUUUGUUUGUUGGUUUGCAAUAUGCAACAUCGGUUACAUCUCUGCUGUAGCUGUAAAGGAUUCUUCUUUUGCAUCAUGUGAUCUGCAGACUGACUAGUCUGUAUUAAAAAAAAGAAAAAAAAUAUAUACUUGUAUCAACCCAUGCGGACUUGGCAUGAAUCAGUUACAAGAAAGCCAUCUCUAAACAUUGCAGCAAAAAAAAAAAAAAAAAACAUUGGUCAAUAAAUGUUAUCUCAGACCAAGUAUCCAGAUGUGUUUCCAG